GACGCACAAUUGCACUUUAGAAAACAAACAGAUGCUCCCUUCCCGCCCUCUCCUAGCCGCCGCGCGGCAGAAAAGCCACCGGCUCCCAGCCGCCGUAGAGGGCUGCUCCGGAAAGCUCGACGCGGAUGUGAUCCGGCGCAACAAGGCCAUCACGGCCCACAUGCGCGCCGGCCGCGUCGGCGAGGCCGAGCACCUAUUUGACGCCAUGUCCCGCCGCUCCACAUCCACCUACAACGCCAUGCUCGCCGGCUACGCCUCCAACGGACGCCUCCCGGUCGCUCUAUCCCUAUUCCGCUCCAUACCACGCCCGGACACCUUCUCAUACAACACUCUCCUCCAUGCCUUGGCGAUCUCGUCGUCCCUCACUGACGCGCGUAGCCUGUUCGACGAAAUGCCCGUGAAGGACUCAGUGUCGUACAACGUCAUGAUCUCGUCUCAUGCCAACCGUGGACUUGUAUCUCUUGCACGGAAAUACUUUGAUCUUGCCCCUGACAAGGAUGCUGUUUCAUGGAACGGCAUGCUUGCUGCAUAUGUCCGGAAUGGACGGAUUCAAGAAGCCAGGGAGUUGUUUAAUUCAAGGACAGAGUGGGAUGCCAUCUCUUGGAACGCCUUGAUGGCUGGGUAUGUGCAGUUAGGUAGGAUGGUAGAAGCACGAGAGCUUUUUGAUAGGAUGCCACAAAGGGAUGUCGUUUCUUGGAAUACUAUGGUGUCAGGUUAUGCGAGGGGAGGAUAUAUGGUGGAGGCUAGACGUCUGUUCGAUGUGGCACCUGUGCGAGAUGUAUUCACAUGGACUGCAGUCGUGUCAGGGUAUGCACAAAAUGGAAUGCUGGAGGAUGCCCGGAUGGUGUUUGAUGCCAUGCCUGAGAGGAACCCAGUGUCGUGGAACGCAAUGGUGGCAGCAUAUGUCCAGAGAAGGAUGAUGGAGAAAGCAAAGGAGCUGUUUGACAUGAUGCCCUGCAGGAAUGUGGCAUCAUGGAACACAAUGUUGACAGGGUAUGCCCAGGCAGGGAUGUUGGAUGAGGCAAGGGCAGUUUUUGAUGGGAUGCCACAGAAAGAUGCAGUCUCAUGGGCUGCAAUGUUGGCUGCAUACUCACAGGGUGGUUUGAGUGAGGAAACCCUACAACUGUUCAUCAAAAUGGGGCGGUGUGGUGAGUGGGUGAAUAGGUCAGCAUUCGCGUGUGUGCUGAGCACAUGUGCUGACAUUGCUGCACUUGAGUGUGGAAUGCAGCUACACGGGAAACUGAUUAAAGCUGGGUAUGGGUUGGGCUGGUUUGUUGGUAAUGCGCUAUUAGCUAUGUACUUCAAAUGCGGGAACACGGAGGAUGCUCGCAAUGCAUUUGAGGAGAUGGAAGAGAGGGAUGCAGUUUCAUGGAACACUGUGAUUGCAGGUUAUGCACGUCACGGUUUUGGCAAAGAUGCACUUGAGGUGUUUGAUACAAUGAGGACAACAUCCACCAAACCGGAUAAUAUUACUCUUGUUGGCGUACUUGCAGCAUGUAGUCAUUCUGGUUUGGUCGAGAAAGGCAUUUCAUACUUUCAUUCGAUGCACCGAGAUUUUGGUGUGACAGCAAAGCCUGAACAUUACACUUGUAUGAUAGACCUGCUUGGGCGAGCUGGACGAUUGGAUGAAGCACAGAAUCUUAUGAAGGACAUGCCAUUUGAGCCAGACGCUACCAUGUGGGGUGCAUUGCUUGGUGCAAGUAGGAUCCACCGCAAUUCUGAACUAGGCAGGAGGGCAGCUGAGAAAAUAUUUGAGUUGGAGCCUGAAAAUGCUGGCAUGUAUGUCUUGCUUUCAAAUAUAUAUGCAUCUUCUGGUAAAUGGCGUGACGUGGGGGAGAUGAGAAUUAUGAUGGAGGAACGCGGUGUGAAAAAAGUGCCUGGAUUCAGUUGGAUUGAAGUACAAAACAAAGUCCACACUUUCUCAGUUGGUGACUGUGUGCACCCUGAGAAGGAAAAGAUAUAUGCUUUCCUGGAGGACCUUGACAUGAGGAUGAAGAAAGCUGGGUACGUAUCAGCUACAGGAAUGGUUUUGCAUGAUGUGGAGGAGGAAGAGAAGGAGCACAUGCUAAAGUAUCAUAGCGAGAAACUUGCUGUUGCUUAUGGUAUUCUAAAUAUUCCUCUCGGGAGACCUAUUCGAGUAAUAAAAAACCUCAGAGUAUGUGGAGAUUGUCACAAUGCUUUCAAGUAUAUCUCUGCAAUUGAGGGCAGGUUAAUUAUACUCCGGGAUUCUAACCGCUUUCAUCACUUUAGAGAUGGUUCUUGUUCAUGUGGUGAUUACUGGUGAUUGUGGAGUAGAGUGUAGUGGGAAAUAUUCCUGAAAGAAACUGCAGUGGCAACAAAACAAUCAUGGAAUGCAGGAUGCAAACAAAGUAAGCAUUGUGACGAUUGGAUCUGGCCAUCCAGCCCAGCUUCUAGGCCAAGCACUGCUAAAAAUAUGCUUGUUAGCGACUUCCUGCAUUUGAGCUCGCAUUUCACGCGUGAGUGAUGUGAUGGGAGGGUGGGAGAAUCUACAUAUAGUACAUUUCCUAUCUCAUAUUAUGGAAACCUUGAGAUUGAGCAAGUAUCUGUGGACAAGUUUGUGAGGCGCAUGCCAGUUGCAAGAAAUUUGUACAGCAAGGUAUAACUCCCGAUAAUUUGUCAACAGCAGAACAUGUCAGUUUAGGAUACAAGUGUCUAACCACUUUGUUUUACUGUUACCUAGUAUGGCUUUCGAAUACUCAAGACUCAAGAGGAUGAUUCAAGGUUAGAUUUUCUCUGUUGAGCUCCAGUAUACCUGAUGUGAAAAGCAAUUGUGGAGACAUUUUGCCAUGGCAGUCAGAAUAACCCUGCCAAAAGAAUGGUACAUUUCAUGGGCCUACAUUACAUGAAGAGUUGUUGCAUUGCUGAUUGAGGAUGAAUUUCUGAUUGAUCUGCAUGGUGCAUGAUCAAUUAUUCAGUGCUAUCGAGUUACAAGAAGAUAUUAUCUGAAAUGUAUCAUGGUAACUGACCGAGCUGCUAUCAGCGAUGCAAGUAGCGAGGAGCAGGUCGGCUCUGUUUGUGUUCUCAAGCCGGAGAUUUUGUUCGGUUCAGUGUGUGCUUGGAUGGAUCUGUGGAACCUAUGUGCAAAUUUAUGCUAACAUAAUUUCAAGUUUUCCAAUAUAUUCUGUCAAAUCAAAAGGUUCACAUGGAAAAACAAACUACCAAAGGAUGGAAAGAGUUACCGAUGUAUUAGAUGUUACAACAGUUAAUGUUGUAUUUUGAUAGAUGAGCUGCAAGAAACGGUUGAUUAAAUCGACUAAUGUUUCUUGGUCCACACAGAAAAGAAAAGGUUACUUUCUCUGUUCCAUAAUUCUUGUCAAAAUAUUACAUGUAUCUAGACGCUUUUUAAGAAUAGAUACAUCCAAUUUUGAGCAAAUUUGAGACAAGAAUUAUGGAACGGAGGGAAUAGUUUUUUUCCUUCAUAUUCUGCCCUAUGUACAAGUGUUAUCACGCCAAAUGUAUGCGUUGUGAACAUCAAAACUUGGCAAAAUACAAGCAGGGAAGAAGGCUUGUGGAUGCCAUUAGAAUAAUAGGGCCUGGAAUAAUACUACUAUGUUCUGUAGGCACUUGCCUAAACUGGUACAUUUACUAGAGUUUAUUCUUGUACCGGCUGUACUAUACUAUUGCUAAAAGUCCCAUGUAGAUGCAACUUAUCCAGUUUAAUAGAGGACAAGAGCGAGCUAUUUGGUUUACUUCUGAUAUUGAUAAUACAUAAAGGCUUGAGAGUU